AUGUCAUCCACAAGAGGGAAGGUAGUUCAAGUGAGGAACCCCACCUUGCCUAAUCAGACAAGCCCGGAACAAAGAUACUGGAAAGGAUUUGUUAACCCACAACUAAUAAAAGAAAAUCAUCCUAUAACUCAUAUUCAUUUUAAUCCGGUUGCCCCUCAUGAUUAUGCCGUUACUUCAUCUACUAGAAUUCAAGUAUUCUCAUCCAAAACUAGACAAGUCACUAAAACUUUCUCAAGAUUUAAAGAUACUGUUUACUCGGGUGAAUACAGAUACGAUGGGAAAUUACUUGUUGCUACCGAUGCUUCAGGUCUAGUAUCAAUUUUUGAUAGUUAUCAAAGAAAUUUACUAGUAAGUUUACAACCUUCGGGACAUCCCACUCAUGUGGCAAAAUUCCACCUGACCGUUGGUAAUCAAUUAAUCACUGGUUCAGAUGACAGAGUUGUUCGUUUAUAUGAUAUUUCACAAACUACCAAAGGUCCAAUAGUUGAAUUCAAUGAUUCAUAUCACGGUGAUUAUAUAAGAAGUGCAAAUUUUAUACCUGGAAAUCCAAAUUUAAUAACCACUGGUUGUUACGACGGGAAAGUCCGUAUAUUUGAUACAAGACAACAAUCUAUUGUCGCCAAAUUUAAUCAAGGUAAUCCAAUUGAAGAUGUUUUAGCAUUAUCUCCAACUACUUUAGUCAGUGCAGGUGGGCCUCAAGUUAAAGUUUGGGAUUUAUCAAGAGGUUCUCAAAUCCAUGAAUUAAAUAACUUCACUAAAACCGUUACAUCAUUACAUGAUUCAGGUGAGCGUGGUUUAAUGGUUGGUUCAUUAGAUGGACAUGUUAAAAUGUUUGACUAUACUUCUGCCAAUUGGGAAGUUAAAUUCGGUUGGAAAUUUGGUAGUGGAGGAGUUUUGAGUUGUGCAGUUUCUCCAAAUCAUAAGCAUUUCGUAACUGGUUUAACUACUGGUUUGUUAUCAGUUCGUACUAGAAAGACUGAACCAAAAGUUGAACAAGGGGUUAAACAAACUAAAACCAAUGCAUACAGUAGAAUGAUGAGAGGUUCUGAUUAUUUGGGUGAAGAAGAACAUCGUAUAAUUCAAACAGCAACCACUCAAACAAAAAAAUUAAAACAAUUUGAAAGACACUUGAAUGCUUUUAAAUGGUCUUCUGCUUUAGAUAGUGGAUUCGCUCAUGGUGUUACAAAAGACAUUACUAUAACCGUUAUGAAUGAAUUAAAGAAAAGAGGUAAAAUUAGAGUGGCAUUAUAUGGAAGAGAUGAAAUCUCUCUUUUACCAAUUUUACAAUGGUGUGUUAAGAAUUUAGAUGAUGUCAAGUCUUUCAAUAUAAUUUGUGAUUAUAUUGGUGUCAUACUAGAAAUGUAUGGCUCAUUGAUUGAUCAAAGUGUGGUCUUGGAAGAAAUUUUCACUAAUUUAUCAAGAAAGAUUAAUACCGAAAUCAAAAAAUGUAAAGAAGCUAAUGAAAUUGGUGGUAUGUUGGAAUUAUUGACUGUAUAA